AUCUAAGCCUCAGAAAAAAAUCUAAGAUUUCUCAGCUGUCUUCUUCUUCUUCGGUCCCUGCCAAAAAUCCAGAAGAUUCUUAAAUCUCGUUUCUGCGGCGUAGGUGAAGUCUUAGCGAUAAGCUUUCUUGUAUCUUCAUUACAUUACUUACCCCCCAUGGCUUCUUUCUGACAAAGAAGAGAAGAGAAGGAACCAAAGUUUCCUUCGAAAGGAUUUAACUUUUGUUUCUUUCUCUUCACUUCAUCUGCAACCAACCAACAACAACAACAAAAAAUGAUCAAGCGUUGCUUCAUGAAUUCUCAUGGCUACUCAAUCUCGGGCCUUGGUCUUCCUCAUGAGCUCUGUAACACCGAAAUCAUCAAGGUAGCCGUUGAAUCAUUGUGGGCUUCAGGGUUGUGUUGGGCAUUGGACCUAGCAGGCCUUUUUUCAGAGUUGUGUCGUUUUGAGCUUUGCUCUUGACACUCCCCCGCAAACUUGGAGUGGGUGGAACACCAACGCCAAAUUUGAUUCUGAGGAUUUCAAAUGGCCGUUGAGUAAGAGACUUAGUGAAUAUGUCUGCAAGUUGUAGAUCAGCAGGGAUGUGAUUAACAAUCAACUUACCAAAAGCUACUUGCUCACGAACGUAGUGGUAGUGCGUGGCGAAGUGUUUUGUGCGAGCGUGAAAGGCUGGAUUUGCUGUGAGGUAUACUGCUGAAAGAUUGUCACAGUAAAGCUCUGGUGUUGAGGGAAGAGAAACACCUAGAUCUUGGAGUAAGUUUACCAGCCAAGUAGUCUCAGAGGCUGCUUCAGACAUGGCUCUGUACUCAGCUUCAGUGGAGCUCUUGGAGACUGUGUCUUGUUUCUUUGAAGACCAGGAUAUCAUAUUUCUUCCAAGAAAAGUACAAAAGCCACCAGUGGAGCGACUAGUGGAUUUACAACCGGCGUAAUCACUAUCGCAGUAUACGUGAAGCUUGGAAUUUGUAUUUCUGUCAAACGAAAUCCCCAUGGUUGUAGUGCCUUUGAUAUACCUGAGAAUUCGCUUGAGAAGAUUGAAGUCUGAGACAGAUGGAGCAUGCAUCUUUUGACAGACAUAGUUAACAGCAAAUUGCAGAUCAGGUCUUGUUAAUGUGAGAUACUGCAGACGACCUGCCAAGCUUCUAAAGUAUCUAGGAUCAGAGAAUUCAACAUGUUGCUGUGGUGUUUUCUUGAGUUGCUGAGGAAGAGGAGUGGCAACAGGGGAACAAAAUGACAUAGCUGCUGCGGCAAGGAGGUCUUCAGCAUAUUUUUGUUGAGAUAAAAACAGACCGUUCUCAUGAUACUGAAAUUGAAUGCCAAGGAAAUAAUGGAGUUUUCCAAGAUCCUUCAUUCUGAACUGCUUGCUUAGCUCAUCAAGCAGGUUUGAGAGUAAUGCUGAUGAAUUUCCUGUAAUUGCCAUAUCAUCAACAUAAAGCAGCAACAUAAUGAUGUCUUUACCUUUGAAACAGACAAACAAGGAGGGGUCCCUUAGACUGCAAGUGAAGCCAAAGUCUAGUAAAAAGUUACUAAACUUGUCGAACCAAGCACUUGGAGACUGUUUGAGGCCGUAGAGGGAUUUAUGUAGACACACAUGAUCAGGAAAAUCCUUGUUGAUAAAUCCAGCUGGUUGUUUCAUAUAUACUGUUUCGGUAAGAUCUCCAUGGAGGAAUGCAUUGUUUACAUCCAUUUGCUUAAUUUCCCAGUUCAUGAUGGCUGCAAAGUGAAGAACAGCUCUAACUGUUGCUGUUCUAACCACUGGACUGUAUGUCUCUAGAUAAUCAAUGCCCUCUUCUUGCUUGAAUCCUUGAGCAACUAGUCUGGCUUUGAACUUAUCUAGUGAACCAUCUGCAUUGAGCUUGACUCUGAAGACCCAUUUGGACCCUAAGACAUACAUAUCUGGUGUUGGAGGAGUCAGAGAGAAGGUUUAGGAUAUGAUACCUUGUGAGUGAGAAGUGCAUAUCAAGGAUUCGGUUUUGAGAUGCCUAACUUUGAUCGUGUGGUCAUGGGAUGAGUUGGAGCUUCUGCAGGAGCAUGGAGAUCGACAUUGUCACUGAGAUCAUCGUUGGUGUCUGAAGUCUGCACAUUUGAGGUCGAUGAUUGGGAGUUGUUGCCAAUAGGAACAAGGUCAAUGCUUGCCGUACACUCAGUACUCCCAUCAGCAACCUCAAGUGGCAAUUCAGGCACUGUAGUUGAUGGAGUAGGACUGAUGGCAUCAGUAGUAGCAGCCGCUGUAGUGAGUGGAAUUGCAGAGGCUGGUAGUUGAGUAACAGUCUCGGAAUGUUUACCAUGAAAGAAAUAAGAAGAGAGAAUAUAUGAAAGAUUGUUUCUUUGUUAUUCAAUCCUUAAAAUCGAUAUUACACUCUAUGCUUUGCUUUUAUAUUGGUUACAAGAGUUUUAACCUAGAGUCUAGAGUCUUCCAAUGAUUGCUGCUCUGGCACAAUGAUGUUACAUGGCUUCAUUGUCAUCAUAUGAUUCAAGUGAGACAAACCGAUUAUGUGUCGUUACUGCCGUACUAAUACUCUCUUGCAAAUCCUUUCUUUUUGUCUUGAUCUACAGGUAGCCGUUGAAUCAUUGUGGGCUUCAGGGUUGUGUUGGGCCUUGGACCUAAAUAGCAGGUCUUAUCUUGUGAAUCCCGGAGCAAGACAAGAGAUCAUACCCGCAAGCUCCUUCAAGCUGAGUCCAGAACCUUUGGAACCAUGGAAACCGGUUUCUUCUUCAUUUAGCCAAUUCGUGGAGAUUGACUCUGCCAUGAUGAAACCUCUGCUCAUGGAUGUUCAUGAGACGGCACCAGGAUCUCUGGUUUUAAGCUUUGGAAUCGCUGACAAGUUUGCAAGACAAGAUAAGGUGAUGGAGUUUCUUCUGUCUCGGUCAGAGGAGUUUAAAGAAAAGGGAUUCGACAUGUCUUUGCUUAACGAAUUGAUGGAGUUGGAUGCUAUGAGAUCCAGUUGUCAGCUACGACCGUAUGAUACUUCCUCUGUUCUUUACUUGAAUCAAGAGUUAGGGAAACCGGUUUUGGAUCUUGUUAGGGAUAUGGUUGAUAAUCCAGAGUUCUCUGUGCGGUCGAAUGGUCACGUUCUGUUCUCUUCGAAUAGCAAUCCUGAGUUGAAUGAUCUACUUUCUAUUGCUUCCGAGUUCAAUUUGUCAAGGAAUUCAACAAAAUGGAGACAACUCUCACCGCUCAUCCCACACUUUCAGAGGUUUGAAAGUGAAGUAUUAGCACCGGUUAAUCUGAAAGCAGUUACAGUGCUAGCACCUUUGAAGAGUCCUGAGAAAACCAGGGUCAAGUCACCAAGAAAACAAAACACGAAGCGAAAAGCUAAAGAGAGGGACCUGUACAAAAGAAACCAUCUCCACGCUUACGAGAGCCUUCUGUCAUUAAUGAUAGGCAAUGAUCAUCAACACAAACACGCAACAGUAGUCUCUUUACAGAAAUCAUGCGGAGAGCUCUCAGAACUUCUGACUCAGUUUUCAAUCAGUGUUGCUGGGACUGGCAUCGCUGUGCUCUUCUCUGUCGCAUGUAGCCUUGCUUCAAGGCGUGUACCCUUUUGCGCAAACAAGUUUUUCGACACUGGGCUUGGUUUCAGUUUGGUAAUACUGGCAUGGGCUGUGAAUAGACUCAGGGAGGUGAUUGUUCAUGCCAACAGGAAAGCAAACAAGCCCUGUUCAAGUUUGAAAGAUGACGAAAUCAUUAACAGUGUGGAGAAAAGCAUCAAGGAGGUUUAUUUCAGAGCUGCUACGGUAAUCGCUGUGUUUGCGCUUAGGUUUGCAUGUUGAAAACUCACGAUGAGAGGUUGAUUUACUACUCCAUGGGAAGCUUAAAAGGUCGUUUGUAAAUGACUAAAACUUGUGUUAGUAACGAGCUGUACAUGUGAAGAUGAUAUUGUGUUGUAGAACCUAAGAUUAAGAGGCCACGAGUUUUGAAGAGAAUAAAUGUUCUGCAAGAAUGCGUUUUAUAGUCUGCCUUGACGGAUUCCGAUUCAACAA